GACCCCGCCUCCCAAUCCGAGACCUCUCACUCCUCCUCUCCUCCUCGACGCGGCGGGAGGCGGCGGCGGCGGCGUGACGAGAGGAGCGAAGCAAUGGCGAUGGCCUCCUCCGCCUACGCGCCGGCUGGCGGCGUCGGGGCCCACGCGCGGCCGGGGAGGGUCAGGGCCCCCGCGGGGCUCGGCUUCUCCUCCACCACCAAGGCGCUGGCGGCAGCGGGCGUGCGGCCCCUCGCGUUCGCCAAGGCGGCCGGAGGAGGAGCGGGGGCGAGGGCGAGGCUGAGGUUCGCGGCUUCGUCGUCGUCGUCGGCGCCCGCGGCGGCGCGGCCGAUCUCGCAGCCGCGGUUCAUCCAGCACAAGAAGGAGGCCUUCUGGUUCUACCGCUUCCUCUCCAUCGUCUACGACCACGUCAUCAACCCGGGCCACUGGACGGAGGACAUGCGCGACGACGCGCUCCAGCCCGCCGACCUCUACAGCCGCAAGCUCAGGGUCGUCGACGUCGGCGGCGGCACCGGCUUCACCACGCUCGGGAUCGUCAAGCACGUCGACCCGGAGAACGUCACGCUGCUCGACCAGUCCCCGCACCAGCUCGAGAAGGCCAAGCAGAAGGACGCCCUCAAGGGCGUCACCAUCAUGGAGGGCGACGCCGAGGACCUCCCCUUCCCCACCGACACCUUCGACCGAUACGUCUCCGCCGGCAGCAUCGAGUACUGGCCUGAUCCGCAGCGAGGAAUCAAGGAAGCAUACAGGGUUCUGAGGAUUGGGGGAGUGGCUUGUUUGAUUGGCCCUGUGUACCCAACCUUUUGGUUGUCUCGCUUUUUCGCUGAUAUGUGGAUGCUCUUCCCAAAGGAAGAGGAGUAUAUCGAAUGGUUCAAAAGGGCAGGGUUCAAGGAUGUCAAACUGAAAAGAAUUGGCCCAAAAUGGUAUCGUGGUGUCCGAAGGCAUGGCCUGAUAAUGGGGUGCUCUGUGACGGGUGUGAAAAGAGAACAUGGAGACUCACCUUUGCAGCUUGGUCCUAAGGCUGAGGAUGUCAGCAAACCUGUGAAUCCUAUCACCUUCCUCUUCCGCUUCCUCAUGGGAACAAUAUGCGCUGCAUACUAUGUUCUGGUGCCUAUCUACAUGUGGAUAAAGGACCAGAUUGUUCCCAAAGGCAUGCCGAUCUAAGGAAGGUGAACUGAGCUGCAAGAGAGGAUAGCCAAUAUCUGAAUUAGGCUUCUCUAUAUUAGGCACUUUCUGUCUGUUCUGUAUUUACUUUUUGUUGUCCCUGUUGUUAUGUACUUCUUUUACUGUGGUUCUUGUUUGUGAGGCAAUAAUAUUAUGAUACCUUGAUUAAGCUCGUCCGAAGUCCUGAGUCGCGUGUAGCAUAACUAGAAUGGACAUGUGGCAUUUCUGCAUUCGAUGUAUUCUUAUUGGUAGACAAACAAAUGAUAUCUGAAUUGAAUUCCCAUUUAUUGUUC